AUGGUCACCAUAAACAACACCUCUUCUCUAGCUUAUCCAAACCCCAAAUCUUUAUUCAAGAAACCCUUUUGCAUAACAUCACCAACUUGUUCAAGACUGUUCUAUAGAGUAACUACUUCACUGCCAAAACCUCUGCUCGUACAGUGUAGCAAGAAUGAUGAUUCACAAGAGAGUAAUAGUUUGAAGGAUGCAUUGUCUGGUAUGGUGGACAAACAGGUAGAGGCGCUUUUCAGUAGAGAAGAAAAUAGGGUAUUGAUUGAUGGGUUAGAGAAAGCAUCUCAGAGAUUAGAGAGAGCAAAAAGGGACCUUGCUGAGAUUGAAAGACAAGAACUUGAGGCUGAACAAAUGAGAGUUUAUAUUAACCAGCUUGAAAGCAGAGCUUCCGAGAUUGCAGAAUGUCAGCAAGAGAUUAUAGAGGCAAGAGCUAAGGUUGAGGAGGCAGAACGUUCCCUAUCGUUGAAUAAAGAUCCUGAAGAUGGUUUGGGAGGAGAGACGAUUAACAAAGACGAAGAGAGAUGGGAGUCCAUAAAAGCUGCUUCUAUAUCUGCAUUUGUUGGCACCCUUGCAGGACUCCCCAUCUCUCUCACACAGGUGACCUCCAUUCCGCAGCUUAUACUUCCUUCGGCGACCACCUUCAUCAGCUGUGCGUUAUUCGGAGUAACCUUUCGGUAUGCAGUGAGAAGGGAUUUGGACAAUUUUCAGCUAAAAACGGGAACAUCUGCAGCUUUUGGAUUUGUAAAAGGUCUUGGUACACUAGCUGGAGGGCCACCAUUUGAGCUGAAUCCUGCAAGUUUUUUGUCACAUGCUUUGAAUGGUGCUGUUUAUGUGUCUGAGAAUCUCUUGAUCUUUGCCUUUGCUGCUGUUAGUUUGGACUUCUGCAUCAAGAUGAGGCUUUUGAGCCCCUUUCCUAUGAAGAAGCCGAAUUAAGGCUGCAGAAUUUUGGGGCAUCAUCCUACAUCGUCAACCAUGCGCGAUUGACCUGUAUCUUUCCCAUUAUGAUUAGCAAACAUCAAGUUUUCAUGGACUUGUAUCGAGAAAUUUGAAAUGUCAGCAUAACCAGCUUGUCUCAAAGCUGAACAGCAAACCACUGAAAUAUAGUAUAUAGCCAGCCAGGGAAGAUUUUUAAUGCGUUUCA